UUCAUUCCAGCGCUCUAAUAGUCAUGACAAAGUAAGGAGAAUAGUUGCGGAGGAGGGUCGUACAGCAAGAAAUCUGAUAGCUUGGAGUGUUCCACUAGAAAGCAAAGAUGAUGAUGGAAAAUCUAAAUGUCAAACUGGUGGAAAAUCAAAGAGGACAAUUCAAGGCACACAUAAAAAUACCAAACAGAAUGUUGGAGUAGACUGUAAGAUAACAUCAUCUACAACUGGAGAUAAACACUUUGAUAAAAGUCCCACCAAAGCACGGCAUCCUCGGAAAAUUGAUCUAAGAGCUAGAUACUGGGCAUUUCUUUUUGACAAUCUUCGCCGGGCAGUAGAUGAAAUAUAUGAAACUUGUGAAUCAGAUCAGAGUGUGGUAGAAUGUAAGGAGGUGCUAAUGAUGCUGGAUAACUAUGUGAGAGAUUUCAAAGCAUUGAUUGACUGGAUUCAACUUCAGGAAAAGCUAGAGAAGACAGAUGCUCAAAGCAGACCAACUUCUUUGGCAUGGGAAGUAAAGAAGAUGUCUCCAGGACGUCAUGUGAUUCCAAGUCCAUCAACAGAUAGAAUAAGUGUAACAUCAAAUGCUCGAAGAAGUUUAAAUUUUGGGGGUUCACCUGGCACAGUAGCUGCUCCCCGUCUGGCUCCCACAGGUGUCAGUUGGGCUGACAAGGUAAAGGCUCAUCACACAGGCUCCCCUGCUUCUUCAGAUGUAUCACCUGCCCAGUCUUGUCCACCAAUAACAGUGCAGAAGACUUCCCGCAAAAAUGAACGGAAAGAUGCUGAAGGAUGGGAGACUGUUCAGAGGGGAAGGCCUGUUCGCUCACGAUCAACAGCAGUGAUGACAAAAGUUUCAGUAGCAACAGAAACAUUAAGGUCAAAGGAUGACAGUGAUAAAGAAAAUAUACAACUUUUACCUGAUGAAAGCAUUGAGAAAGGUGAAUUUGAUGGAGAUGGACCUUCUAAUACUAUAGAAUCUCGGUCCAAAGACUCAUUACACUCUUGUGACCAUCCUCUUGCUGAAAGAACCCAGUUCACAGUGAAUACAUUGGAUGAUGUCAAGAGCUCUCGCAGUAGUACUUUACAAGACCAUUCUCUGCGAACUUCUGAAAUACCUGCUGUUCACAUUGAUACAGAAUGUGUUUCAAUUAUUCAGCAAGCUGAUAUGCCUCCUUUGCAAGCAAAUGACAUAUUUUCAGCAGAGAAAGCAGGGAUAGAGAGUGAAAUGGACCCUUCAGAUAUUUCAAAUGUGAGUGCUGCUAACUUGUCCAUGGCAGAAGUUCUUGCUAAAAAAGAAGAGCUAGCAGAUCGUCUAGAAAAGGCCAAUGAAGAAGCUAUUGCUAGUGCUAUUGCUGAAGAGGAGCAGUUAACCAGAGAAAUUGAAGCAGAAGAAAACAACGAUAUUAAUAUUGAAACUGACAACGACAGUGACUUCUCUGCCAGCAUGGGCAGUGGGAGUGUAUCUUUCUGUGGUAUGUCUAUGGACUGGAAUGAUGUCCUUGCAGAUUAUGAAGCUCGUGAAACUUGGCGCCAAAAUACAUCCUGGGGGGAUAUUGUAGAGGAGGAACCUGCUAGACCUCCAGGCCAUGGAAUUCACAUGCAUGAAAAACUUUCCUCACCAUCUCGUAAAAGAACAAUUGCAGAAUCUAAGAAAAAACAUGAAGAAAAACAAAUGAAAGCACAGCAGCUAAGGGAAAAGUUACGUGAAGAGAAAACAUUAAAGCUUCAGAAAUUAUUAGAAAGGGAGAAAGAUGUCCGGAAGUGGAAGGAAGAAUUAUUAGAUCAACGACGCAGGAUGAUGGAAGAGAAAUUACUUCAUGCUGAAUUUAAACGAGAGGUGCAGUUACAAGCAAUUGUUAAAAAAGCACAAGAGGAAGAAGCUAAGGUAAACGAAAUUGCCUUCAUAAAUACCCUUGAAGCCCAGAAUAAGCGCCAUGAUGUCUUAUCAAAAUUGAAGGAAUACGAGCAGAGGCUUAAUGAAUUACAGGAAGAACGUCAGCGAAGACAGGAAGAAAAACAAGCACGUGAUGAAGCUGUUCAGGAACGUAAAAGAGCACUAGAGGCAGAACGGCAGGCCCGUGUAGAAGAAUUGUUAAUGAAAAGGAAAGAACAAGAAGCCCGAAUUGAACAACAGAGGCAAGAAAAGGAAAAAGCCCGUGAGGAUGCAGCCCGAGAAAGAGCUAGAGAUAGGGAAGAGCGAUUGGCUGCACUCACAGCUGCUCAACAAGAAGCAAUGGAAGAGCUUCAAAAAAAAAUUCAGCUUAAGCAUGAUGAAAGCAUUCGAAGGCACAUGGAACAGAUUGAACAAAGAAAAGAAAAAGCUGCUGAGUUAAGCAGUGGACGGCAUGCAAAUACUGAUUAUGCCCCCAAACUGACUCCUUAUGAAAGAAAGAAGCAGUGUUCCCUCUGUAAUGUCCUGAUCUCUUCAGAGGUGUAUCUUUUUAGCCAUAUUAAAGGAAAAAAACACCAGCAAGCCGUAAGAGAGAAUAGCAGCAUUCAAGGGCGUGAACUUUCAGAUGAAGAAGUGGAGCAUCUUUCAUUAAAGAAGUAUAUUAUUGACAUUGUGGUUGAAAGUGCAGCUCUACCAGAACCAUUGAAAGAUGGAGACGAGAGGCAGAAAAAUAAAAAAAAAGCCAAAAAGAUAAAAGCCCGGAUGAACUCCAGGGCCAAGGAAUAUGAGAGUUUAAUGGAAACAAAAAACUCUGGAUCUGACUCACCUUAUAAAGCAAAACUUCAGCGAUUAGCCAAAGAUCUUCUAAAACAACUACAAGUACAAGACAGUGGCUCAUGGGCAAACAAUAAGGUUUCUGCUUUAGAUCGGACCCUAGGCGAGAUCGCUAGAAUAUUGGAAAAAAAGAAUGUAGCAGAUCAGAUUGCAUUUCAAGUUGCUGGUGGAUUAACAGCCCUUGAACACAUUCUUCAAGUAGUAGUCCCAACCACAAAUGUGAACACAGCCUCACGAAUUCCUCUUAAGUCUCUCUGCAAUGCAAUCAAUGUUUACAACCUCACCUGCAGUGACUGCUCAGAAAAUUGCACCGAUGUUCUGUUUAGUAACAAGAUUACCUUCUUAAUGGACCUCCUGAUACACCAGUUGACGGCCAGGUCAGGUACAUACCACCAGGUGAUAGUUAUAAGCACUGGUGCAUGCUGGGAAGGUAACAUUCCCCUGCCCUUCAGAGACCACCCACCCCAGGAUGGAAUGUGUUCCAGACUCAGGUCUGAAGUCCCAGGAUUCACUGCAGCAGGCCUAACAAGGGAAGCUAGGCUCCUGCAGGCCACGAGCGUUCUUCAUAUGACUGCCAGAUUGUUAGGGAGGUUUUUCAGUUUGUGUUUACUUUAUGAAGAAACUGCCAAAUGCACACCAGGGAGGGGAUCACUUUCUCCAACUGUGGACUACACCCCUGUCCUAACCACGAAGCCCGGGGCUGGCUCCCCUCCUUCCCAGGUGCGCCAUCCGGGCAGCCGGGACCCAGCCGCAGAGAAAGCCCUUCAUUUAAAGAUUGGAUCUUUCUCCGGCCUGAAGGGGAUACCUCCCCACCAUUCGUUGUCUCUCCCAGUUUGCAAUCACGCACCUAUGGCCCGUCAGGUUGUCCCGGAGAGUCCCUGGAAGCGACUGCCUCCCGGACUCUCGAGUUCACAGUCCUUGAGCUUCAACACUGCUUUGUUUAAAGAAGGAAGCAAAUCACUUACAGAAAUAACUGAUUAUUCAGGACUAAAUCUAAGGAAAUUGUUACUUGAGAUGCUUUACCCAAACCUAUUGUUUGCUUGUUUGAGGGGUCUAAGCCUAUGUUUGUUAAGAUUUAUCUUUGAAGGUGACGAUAUUGCCAGCCUGUGCAGACUGAUAACACAUAUGUUUCUCCCCACAUCUAGCUACGUGGUGAACAUAGGCCUGAUCAACAAGCUUCAUGGCUGCUUCCUCUCUGUGCAAGGCCCAGUGGAUGAGAAUCCCAAGACGGCCACCUUUCUGCAGCAUGCUGCAGGACUCUUGCAUGGAAUGUGCAUGCUGUGCUUUGCUGUCACCAGAAGGUCAAACAGCGUAUUUGACAAUAAUCGCCAGGAUCCCACAGGACUGACCGCUGCUCUUCAAGCCACAGACCUGGCUGGAGUUCUGCACAUGCUCUACUGUGUCCUCUUCCACGGCACCAUCUCGGACCCCAGCACAGCCAGUCCCAAGGAGAGUUACACUCAGAACACAGUCCAAGUGGCCAUUCAGAGCUUACAGUUCUUCAACAGUUUUGCAGCUCUUGAUCUGCCUGCUUUCCAGUCUAUUGUAGGGGCAGAGGGCUUGUCCCUUGCAUUCCGGCAUAUCGCCAGCUCUCUACUGGGCCACUGCAGCCAAGUCUCCUGUGAAAGCCUCCUUCAUGAGGUCAUCGUCUGUGUGGGCUACUUCACUGUCAACCACCCAGAUAACCAGGUCAUCGUACAGUCUGGCCGCCACCCCACGGUGCUGCAGAAACUCUGCCAGUUGCCCUUCCAGUACUUCAGUGACCCACGACUGAUCAAAGUGCUGUUCCCCUCACUUAUCGCUGCUUGUUACAACAACCGCCAGAACAAGAUCAUUCUGGAGCAGGAGAUGAGCUGUGUUUUACUGGCCACAUUCAUUCAGGAUUUUGUACAGACUUCAGGUCAGGCAGAUAACCAGCUUUAUCAGCCCAAAGGAAAAUCCCUUGGUUCCCAAGACUAUCUUGAGCUGGCUAACAGAUUUCCUCAGGAGGCCUGGGAAGAAGCUCGACAGUUUUUUUUAAAAAAAGAGAAAAAAUAAAUGAUUUGGUUAGUUCUGUAUUUGAGUGCCCUUGUUAAUAUUUUAAACUGUUCAAACAAAUGUUCUAACUGUUCCUUAAGAAGCUCAUUUUCACAUGUUUAUACUCUCCCCCUGCAUUGUAGAUAUGGUAUAUACUUUGCACUAUUUAUAAUGACUGUAGAUACUUUAAUGUUCUUUCUAAUUCUGGAAGUUGAGUUUAUUUCACUUAUGCACAAUAUUUUGGAGUUCGGUUACCUACAUCCUAUGAUAAUAUAUACUUUGCAUUUGUAAUAUGGGUGAAAUUAGACAUAAAAUUAGCAAGUCUGUUUUGUUCUUGUAAUAAAAUAACUUAUUCUGUUUGCA